UGUCAGGUGACUGCUGACUAUAUAAGCGGUGGAACCCGUCCCAUUACUGCACUCAGAGGUAAAUCACUGAGGACUCACAAUACUGUCACAGCCUUGAAGAGCAUCUGGACAGUGGAGAGUAAUGGGAAACGCAUCUCCGUCAUCAGGGAUGUUGGCAGUGUUGAUGGUGGCGAUGUUGGUCUCGGGUUGGACUGAAGGAAGCAUGUUGAGUAAGUGUGAGGUGAAGUCUCAACUGGAGGCAGCCUUUGAGGCGCUGCAGAGUGUCACUGCUGACAACAACCUUGCUAAAUGGGUCUGCACAGUGGAGGCAACCUCAAGGUUUAAUACUAGUCUUGUGACCAUAAUUGACCCCUCCAGACCUAGACGUCUGAUCAGACGUAGUUUUCCCAUAGAUAAUGGGCCAACACAAGAGGUGAUUGCAGAUUAUUUUGAAGACAUGUUCUCAAAAGAAACACUGGUCACUGAAAAUCCUGAUGGAACUUCCUUGAUUCCUGAGGGAAUGAUUUCAACACAAGUGGCUGAAGAGCUAUCAAUCCCUCCGGAAGCGGUGAUUGAGGAUUUCAUUCCUGCAAGCUCCAGUCGCCAACCAAAAGAAAGACUUGCUGAAGCUUCCACACAGGAUAACAAACCAUCUGAGCGAAAUCCAAUUCACUCUGUAGAUAGACAGGGUCGGGAUCACAGGAAGGAGAAGGUACAUGAAAUCAAAACUAGAGAGGCAUCAGGUGAAAUAAUAGAUUUUUCUGGAGAUUAUUCUGGUCAGGGUUCCAAAGAAGAGGCAUCUGGAGAAGCGCCUGAGGGAUCAGGUGAUCUCACUGAGGAACCACUAGAGCCACCCUUCUCCACACCACAGUAUCCCAUCGAUGACACUGUUCAUCCUGAUAGUGGUUAUGGACAUGUAUCAGGUGAUUACACUGAGGAACCAGUAGAGCCACCCUUCUCCACACCAGAGUAUCCUAUUGAUGACACUGUUUAUCCUGAUAGUGAUCUUGGACAUGGAUCAGGUGAUCAUACUGAGCAACCAGUAGUGCCAUCCACAUCCUCACCAGAGUAUCCUAUUGAUGAGACUUUUUAUCCUGGUUACGAUUCUGGAGAAGGCUCAGGUGAAGGAUCAGGUAUAAGACCACAUUUCUCAUACAAACAGUACUGGAAUCUACUGUUCAAGAGGAAAAUAGUGUCCUCAUUCAAGCUCACAAAAAGUCCAGUGGACUCCCGAGAACUUCUGUCUGAACCCCCAAGAACAAGAUCUUGAUCUUGGCGAUGGACCAUACACGACUUAUGAUCCUAGUCAAAACCACAAGGUCCUGUAUGGAAUAUUCCAGCUGAGUGAUGAUGUGGCAUGCCAAUCAGAGUCAAAACCCAGUCGGAAUCUUUGUGAGCUGGACUGUAAUGUUCUGAUUAAUGAUGACAUCAGUGAUGACAUUAAGUGCCUGAUGACUUUGAAACAACUGGAGGAAAUAACGGUCGCAGAGGAGUGUCACUUUGAGGAGCUCUCAGGCUACUUUGAAACGUGUGACUAAUACAACUGCUUUCUAUGACUGUAUUCUGAAGUCAUCCUGAUACUCCUGAUACUCCAAAUUCCAGCUUUUUAGAUGCAUUAAGCAAAAAAUAUCUAUGACCCAAAACAUGUUUAUGGUUUGUUGUGAUGACUGAGCUCUGGUUCUAUAACACUCAGCCUUGAUAUCUCAGCAGAAAUCAGAUGACAUGGUAUAAAACCUGACUGGUUUUGCAGUAAUGCUGCAAUUCCAGCACUUCUAAUGCAGUGGGUGCCGGCAGAACUUGGCUUUCAUGUUGCAGCACAGUGCAAAAUAAACACUGACGUUACUUUAAGUUUGAUUUGAUCUUAUCACCGGAACAUUGUGUGCUGUACUGACUCUAUGGUUUUGUGUGGUUGUAGUUAAAUACGUAUCCAAACAGUUUAAAUAAAGCUU